AUGAGCGUCCAGGACCCACCCAGACUCCUGCAACUGGCGGGGCAGAGCCUGCUGAGGGACGAGGCCGUGGCCAUCCCUGCUCUGGAGGAGCUGCCAACGGAGCUCUUCCCACCACUGUUUAUGGAGGCCUUCACCAAGAGACGCAGCAAAACCCUGACGGCCAUGGUGCAGGCCUGGCCUUUCACCCGCCUGCCUCUGGGGUCCCUGAUGCUGACCCCUGACCUGGAGACCCUAAGAGUUGUGCUGGACGGGCUUGACGUGCUGCUUGCCCAAAAGGUUCGCCCCAGGAGGUGGAAACUGCAAGUGCUGGAUUUGCGGAAUGUGGAUGAGAACUUCUGGACCGUGUGGUCUGGAGACUCUGCGUGGUCUUCAACAGCCGUGAAUGAGAGGAAAACAGCAAGGGAUUGUCCAAGGAUGGGAAGGCAGCAGCCCAUAGAGGUGUUCAGAGACUUUUACCUAACAGGAAAAAAACCGGAUGAGUUCCUCACCUACCUCAUUCUGUGGGUCAAGAAGAGAAAAGAUUUCAUACACCUGUGUUGUAAGAAGCUGGUGAUAGUUUCAUUGCCUGUCUGCAAUAUUACCAUCAGGAAGGUCCUGGAAAUGGUGGACCUGGACUGUAUCCAGGAGGUGGAAAUGAAUAGCCCCUGGGAGCUGUCCACCCUGGCGAGGUUUGCUCCUUACUUGGGCCAGAUGAGACACCUUGGCAAACUAGUUCUCUUCAACAUCUAUGUGUCUGCCUACGUGUCCCCAGAGGAGAAGGAGCAGAUUCUCGCCCAAUUCACCUCUCAGUUUCUCAAACUGGACAACCUCCGGAAGCUUUAUACGUACACUGGCUCUUGUCUUGAAGGCCGUCUUCACCAGGUGUUCAGGUGCCUCAAGACCCCCCUGGAGACCUUCUUAAUAACUGACUGCGUGCUGUCAGCAUCAGACUGGGAGAACCUGUUCUGCUGGCCGAGCUUCAGUCAGCUAAAGGAGCUGCAUCUGAGAGGCAUCGCACUGACCCAUUUCAGUCCUGAGCGCCUCCAACUGAUGCUAGAGAAAGUUGCAGGCACGGUCCAGUCCCUGCUCCUAGAGGACUGUGGGAUCGUGGACUCCCAACUCAAUGUCAUCGUGCCUACCCUGAGCCGCUGCUGCCAGCUCACGACCGUUAGUAUCGGCGGGAAUCCCAUCUCCAUGGCUGCCCUGGAGAACCUGCUACGUCACACCACAAGGCUGAGCAAGUUAAGCCUGGAGAUCUAUCCUGCCCCUCAGGAGAGUUAUGACGCCCAGGGUGCUCUCAACUUUGGGAAAUUUGUCCAGUUUCGGGCUGAGCUGAUGGAGAUACUGAGGGACUUAAGGCAGCCCAAGACGAUCAUGUUCAGUACAGUCUCCAGGCCUUACUAUGGUGACAGUGAAUAUGAUCCUAUUAUGGUCUAG